AUGCUUAGCGGUACUUGUGUGCGGUUGGCCAUUGUGGCCGCCGUUUUCCUCAUCGCGGCAAUCUUCCUUGUUCCUCAACUUCCCAGUGUUGGCUACAACGUGCCCACCAACCUCAGCCACAACACCCCUACAACCGACAGCAAAGAUGCCUCGACCGGAACCGGAAAGCCGAACGAUCCUGCCGGUAAGCCCGCCGAGGGCGCAGAUGCGACUACCUCUCUUGCCGUCCCUGCCGCAUCGCUUGGCGCGACGGAGGUAAAGGGUUUACCCGCGAAGCCGACCUCUGGCUCGGUUCCAAACACGAAGACGGUCUCCAGGCUCGAAGCUGGUCAGAUCCUAUCUCCUUUCCGCCUCAUCUCUCCGAACGGCCGCUAUGAGCUUCGCCUUCUCGAUAGCGGAUCGCUGUCGCUCCUCGACAUGAAGACCGAUGCCGAGCUAUUCACCUCCGACACCGAGUACUACUGGCCCGUCACAUGGCAGGUAGAGCUUACCCAAGAGGGUGUGCUGAUGCUCUCCUGGGCUAACGAGACUGCCGCUCCGUAUGGAGCGACGCCAUGGAUAUCGAACCUCCUACCCGACUGCGCUUCCGUCGAGACCGGCGCCGAGAAGCCAGUCCUCGAGCUCCUGGACUCUGGCAAGCUACACGUCCGCUCUGGCAGCAAGACGACAUGCCUCCUACACCGCGCCGCCGAUGACAUGGGUCGACUUGCGAUUGUCUACACUGGAUUCUUACGCACAUAUAUGAAGACAUGCAAGGAGCAAAACAACAAGCUUGUCAAGACAUGGACUGGAAGCGGCGGGGUCGACAUCCACGUCUUUACGUACCUGGAGGAUGUGGAUCACGACGCCAGCGACCCAGGAGGAAAAGACAGCAUCAAGAAGCACCUCAAAUCCUGCUUCGGAGACGCUCUGAAGACGGUCGAGGUCAGGAAGCUAGAUGAAGUCAGAGAGAGUGCCGUAAAGCCUCCCGACGUGCUGGUCAAGGAGUGCGGUGAGGAUAAGCUGAACCACCAGCUCAGUCAGUGGAAAGCGCUGUACCUUGCCAGCCAACAGGUGCAGAGCUAUAUGAUCAAGGAGGGAGUUUCGUACGAUUACAUCUACAAGGGCCGUCUCGACCUACUCUACUGGGGCGACUCACCCGCGCUGUCAUCGCUGAAGGUGCCUGAAAAUGGCAUCCUCGCGCCCCGCGUCACCCUCGACUGGACUUGGUACGCAAUGCUUCACGACGGCGAGCUACGCGCGGGUGUCACCGACAUCACAGCUUUCGGCCGUCCCAACGCAAUGUUCACGUACCUCUCCCUAUAUCGCGAGUUCAUUCACAUGCGAACACUGGAGAAGGAGACAGCAAAGUGGAAGGGCUUCAAUACCAAGACUAGGGAGAAGAAGCCCGAGGGCCAGGAGGGAUGUACACCGGAGGGAAUACUGGCUUAUUGGCUCCGGAUUAAUGGCAUCGCCGUGAAGACGGACUGGCGGUUCAAGAUGGGCCUAUUGCGCAGUGAUGGAAAGGUUAUCUUUACUUGCCCUGAGGGCAGGGGCUGGCUGUGUCCCGGAUUCAUUCCGCAGGUCCACGAUGAUGGGACAUUGUUUUGA